GACACCCCAAAGACCAAUGGAAUUUGGUGGAUUCUUGUUUCAAAGAGCGAGCUCAAGGCGUUUCGUUGCUAGGAUACCUUGGAAAAUCUGAGUGACAACAUGAGUUCAGAUGAUUCUUUUUUCUCUGAUGGAAAGCGAUCUGAUCAAAGUUCUUUGUCGGACCAUGAAGAUAAACCAGAUAUUGGAGGUUUAGGGCUGAAGAUUGUGGAUAUACCAACAGGCAGCCAAGCCUCUAGGAGUAGGAGAUCACACCGUAGUUCCUCAGGAUCAGAGCAAGAUUAUUCCGAUGAUGGCACACAGCUAUCAACACAACGCACCAGGGAGACGCCUUCGCCGAGAAGGAGAAGAAGAAAGAAACGUACCGUUGUAACGCUCAAAGAUGGUUCCGUUCUCGAUCUCACACCUCCUGAAGAGUUGCUACCCGAGUGUGAACGCAAGGCACGUUACUAUACCAGCAAGAAAGAGACUGACAAAGCAAUCAAGGAGUGGUCUCGAUACAUAGCCCUUUGUCGACUGGUACAUGGGUUGGAACAUUGGAAGCUUGCUGAGGGAUAUGUGUUCCUGGCUCAUGCCUAUCUCAUGCUCAGAGGUUUACCCACACAAGCACAGGCCCAUUCUGAGACUGCAAGGACCAUCAUGCUCAAUGGACUUCAUACCUCAGAGUCAGAUGAAUCUAAGAGCCAACUGAUGGGAACACUGCUCCUCAUGUACUAUGUACUCGGAAGAGCCCUCACAUUACUCAAGAAGUAUCAGGAGGCUGAGCAGAAUCUGGUGAAAGCGGAGAGGGUUUCUCAAGAACUUUCAAAGCUGUCAGGAGAAAGGGAAUCAUCAAGAAGAGUGCAGCUGGACAUUGACAUUGCAAUCGCUCUAGCCAAGUUGUAUGCCAAACAACAGAAGCAUGCUCUAGGGUCUGGGUUCUAUGAGAAAGCAAUCCAACUCACAGAGGAAGAGUAUGGCAAUGACAGUCCAGACCUGAUACCCAUCUAUCAAGACUUGGGAAGAUUAGAACAAAGCAAGAAGGAACAUGCCAACCAAGACAAGGCAACAGAGCAUUUUUUGCAGGCACAUUCCAUUGCUGUGGCAAGGUAUAGCGGACAGAGUGAGGAGGUAGCUGAGACAGCUCACGCCCUGGCCCUGGCUUAUUCAGAAUCAGCCACUGCAGAAGCAGAAACUGCUGCUGAGCAAUACCUGAAUGAGAGUCUAGGGAUUAGACAGGUCCUAUUUGGUCCUCAUCAUGCUAAGACAAUAUCUACUCAGGAUGACUUAUGCAGGCUUCUCAUACGCACAGACAGGACGGAUGAGGCAGUUUCUCUACUGCGGACCUUGAUUACCUCGAAGAGCGCCACCUUUGGUGACCUGAGUGCAGAGGUCGGAGAAGCUUACAAGCUCUAUGGAUCGAUACUCAUGUCUCAGGGCCAACUCGAGAAGGCACUCAAAUUCUUCAAGAAGAGUUACAAUAUUGAGAGUACUGUCUAUGGACCUGGUCAUAAGAAGGCUAAAGCCACUCAACAGACUAUUGAUAUGCUGCUACAAUCUCCAAUGCUGGCUGCCAAAGAAGGCCAAACCAGGGCGGGGCAACUCAAGAGCCGACCAAGGUUUAAUGCCACGGUGGGGAAAACUGCACCAUCUGGUGGAAUCAAGUCUGCAUGGGACUGAGAGUGAGAGUGUUGAUCUACCGGUUUAGAGCCCACCUCAGAGCUGCCAACCAGUACGAUUUAUUUGUAUUUCGUACAAUAUUUGGAAAUGAAUAUGACAAUAUUUAGAAGUAAAUACAACAUUUUUUUCAUUAAAAUACAACUUAUGGGAUUCAAGAAUACAGUUUUUGAAAUCCAGUGGUUGGCAGGUCUGCCUCCUGGAAGCCAGUAAAUCAUCAUUUCUUCUCCUCAGUCCUGUUUCGACAAUGGAAAUUUGUGUUCAAUAAGGACAUUGGAACCACAGAAUAUCUUUGUUAUAUCAGGUAUCUUGUUUUAUCAAAGCUAUUUAUAAUAAGUUCCCCCUGUUCAUGAAUUUGCAAUUCAAAGUAGGCCUUAUUCACAGUACCUUUUGCUGAAAUGUUUUUUAUUUUACCAAUUGAAUUAGAUCACAUAGGCUUGAUUAUUUUGUCACUGCCAAAACUUUCACUUCACAAGUUAUCCUGUUUAUAAAGCUAAUAAACUCAUAAGCAAAAAUGAUUAGUAUCUUAAAGACAUCUGUAGGUUACCAAGAUGUUUAUAAUUGUAUAAAAGUUAUUAGAGAACUUUUCCCCAAAGUAUACAGUUAUACCAAAAUCAUGGUUUUGGGAUCAGUUGAUCCCUUCAGUGGGAUAUGGUACAGUAAGACAAUAAAAUAAUCAGGGAUAUUAGAAGUAAAUGUUUGUGUAAUUACAAGGUAUAUACACCCACAUGUAUGAUGUUCAAAUAAGCAAGGUAUUGUAUCGAAUUUAGGAUUGUUCUUUGUUUUAUUCUGUUUUAUAUUGCUUGAUGUAUUCAUAGACAUGUGCAAUGUAGUAAUUAUUAUGAAGUGCAACAACUUCAUGAAGUUAUUGUUGCUGAUUUGUAGAUGGGUGAGAACUUAAGUCUAACUUUGUUAAGUUUACCUUGUUACUGCCUUUCAUAUGCAGCAUAUGCAGUAUGUAUAAUGUACUUUAAAGUGGGUUUGUCAAUUUGUGUCAGUUGUAAUGUACAUUAAAGUGGGCAUGUGAAUUUGUCUCCGUUGUAAAAAUAGAGAAAGAAGGUAGGAUUAGGGUAUGUUUGAUUUGUAUGCUUAUAUUUAUGACAAUUCUCUUGUAUAAAUUUCAUCAAAUAUUUGUUUGUUUCCUUUGUGUAAACUGCCUGUUGUCAUAUUUGUAAGUGUGAAAGAAGAACAUGAAAUAAUCUUGAACAACAUUGGGAAGCUUAUUGGAAGCAGUGUAAAUCUUAAGAAUGGACCUCAAUAUAUAUAUAUAUAUGUACACAAAUGUUUUUCUUAAUAUUUAAAAAAAGAAAGAAGCUAAUUGGCAUUAGCUUCCUCUGGAUAUCAUCUCCAAUUAGAGUACUCUCAAAGUUCUCAUUUGGAAAACUUACUAUCAUUCCAAAAUGUAUUUUGAUUAAGCACCUUUUCCUAGCAGUCAUGCUUGGGCGACUCUGAAAUUGCUUGAUGUUAUGGGGACAUGCUACAGAGUACUACACAUCUUUGUUGAUCCAUGUUUGUAUAAAAUUUGUAUAUAAAUGUAUGACCAUGACCAUACCCUUUGUCUUUCAUUUUCAGUAGAAUCUUGUGCAACUCUUUCAUGUGAACAUGUUUUGUAGCAAUAAAAUUGUAUGAAUUCUAA